UCCGGAGGGGCGUCUCGCCGUCGGCCGUGUUUAUACAGGCGAGCCGGCCGACUGGAGUCGGUCAGUCCGUGUCGAGCGGCUCCAGUGUGCGGCUCUCCUCGUCCCUGUGGUCCCUCCUCAUCCGUACCCCCUCCCGCCGGCCCCAGCUCAGCGGUCGCAGCAGCUGUUGCCCAGCCUGCCGGCCCCAGACCCCAAUCACCCCAAUCGACACUGGGCUGCAACACCUGAGCGGGGCGACGGCUCCAUAGACCACCGUCCCAGCCGACAGCCAGACACCGGCACCGGCCGCACGACGGCGCCGACCCCGCCCGACCAGCCACUGGUCGUCACCGACCGCCGACACUGCGACCACGUGCUGCACCCAGUGGUGCCCGUAUACUGUACCCAGUGGUACCCGUGCUGCACCCAGUGCUGCCCGUACUGUACCCAGUGGUGCCACGUGCUGCAGACUGGUCGACGACAACAGCUGACCGCUGGCGUGCUGCUUCCUUCCGCUUCGGACGGUCACCAGGCGCGGAGCUGAGCGGCAGAGCGGCGGAGCUGAGCGGCAGAGCGGCGGAGCUGAGCGGCGGAGCUGAGCGGCAGAGCGGCGGAGCUGAGCGGCGGCGCAGAGCGACAGAGCGGCCAUGGGCGACAAAGGCUUCUCGCGGCAGCAGUGGGUGACGCUGUUCGUCUUCAGCCUGGCCGACUUUUGCUCGGCGGUCUGCGUGUCACUACAGGCGCCCUUCUACCCACACGAGGCCGAGAAGAAGGGCGCCACGGCCACCCAGUACGGGUUCGUGUUCGGUGUGUUCGAGCUGACGGUGUUCAUCGUCAGCCCCAUCUACGGAAAAUACUUGAACAAAUUGGGACCAAAGUUUGUCUUCAAUGCCGGUAUAUUUACUACAGCGUCCUGCUCGAUAUUGUUCGGGUUUCUUGACAAGGUGGAGGACACAAGGCUGUUCAUCGGGCUGAGUUUUGCAAUCCGUAUUGUAGAGGCGAUGGGAAAUGCCGGCUUCCUGACAGCCAGCUUUUCCAUAAUCGCCAAGGAGUUUCCCGACAACGUGGCGACCACGUUUGCCUCCUUGGAGACAUUCUUCGGCAUCGGACUGAUCGUCGGACCGACGGUGGGCGGCGCCCUUUACCAGCUGGGUGGGUACACACUGCCGUUCGUCAGUCUGGGCGGCGUACUGUUCUUCACUGCCGUUCUGACGUUCGUGCUGCUGCCCAACCACGACGACCACUCGUGCAAGGACAGCAAAGGCGGCGGCAUCCGGCGGGCGCUGCGAGUGCCCAGCAUUGCGCUGGCCGCCUUCUCUAUCAUCUCGGCGUCGUGCAGCAUCGGCUUCAUCCAGGCGCUGCUGGAGCCGCACCUGAGGCCGUUUGAGCUGAAGCCGGUCGUGCUGGGUCUGAUGUUUGUCAUCAACGGCGGCGUGUACGCGCUGUGCGCGCCGGCCUGGGGCUGGCUGUGCGACAACCACCUCCGACCCAAGGUGGUGACCGCCGUCAGCGCCGUCAUGGUCAUCAUCGGCUUCGGCCUAAUGGGACCGCUGCCCUUCCUCGGCGUGGCACCCUCGCUGGGCCUCAUCAGUUUCGCGCUGGUGGUGCACGGCGUGGGGUUCGGCGGCGAGGUGGUGGCCGCCUUCGUGGACGCUCACCGGGAGGCAGUCUACAACGGUUUCCCGGACAACUUGGACACGUACAGCAUGGUGUCGGGCCUGUGGACCAGUAUGUUCGCGUUCGGCGCGUUCGUCGGCCCCUCAGUGGCCGGCAUCCUGUACGACCACUUCGGCUUCGGCUACGCCACGCUGCUGGUGGUCAUCAUGCACGUCGUCCUGCUGGCGGCCGUGCUGCUGUUCCUGGCCACUCGGCGCCGGCCGGCCGGCCACACUCAAACGCCCGCCGACAAGGAGAAGGGCGGCGACGCGCCGGCCGACCAGGAGAAGCUGCCGCUGCUGACGGGCAGCUUCGACAGCAGCUACGGCAGCGAGGACAACGUCAGCACCUCCGAGCUGGUCGUCUGGUGAUCCCGGCCCGGCCGGCCGGCGCGGCGGGCCCGCGGCGCUGCGCGGUGACCGAGUCUAGCCCCCAGUGACCGAGCCUAGCGUCCCGGACAGAGCCUAGCCCCCUGGUGACCGAACCCGGUGACCGAGCCGGCGACCACUGCGUCGGGGCACUGGCAGUGUUCGUGCGGUCGGACCGGGCAGCCGCGGCACGAGCGGACCGGCGGCCGGCUGUAACCGCCGCCCGAACGCCCGCGCUCGUCUGCGCGUCUGUCUGCGAGCCCUCCAGGACACGCUGUUGCGGACUGUGGGCGGCAUUGUGACCAGGUUUCUGAGGCGAUGAAGCUUGCCAGGUGGGAGGGGGACGAGCGGAGGGGCGGGUGAGGCGACCGCCGCACUCCCCGCGGCUGGUAACUCUUCCCAGUCCUCUAUCCACUGCGGGUACGCAGUCAACAUAUCGGGGAGCGGGACCAGCUCAAUCGCCGUGCUGCCCUAUACCGCACUGGAGUUGUACCGUGAUGUGUUUGUGACAAUACACAGGGGAGGAGAACA